GGCCGCCCGGUGUCGCAAAAUUUGCAGAAUCACUAUGGCGUCGGUUUUGAAAGAGACAGCGAGUCUGUACGAGACUUUGAAAUCCGAAUGGAACAAGAAGAACCCAGUUGUAAACAAAUGUGGCGAUAUUUUGGCUAAACUGAAGAUCUCCCUGCUGGAGUUAAACUUCCUGCCCACCUCAGGGACCAAGCUGACCAAGCAGCAGCUCAUUCUGGCACGAGAUGUGCUGGAGAUCGGAGCCCAGUGGAGUAUCCUGGACAGGAACAUCCCCUCCUUUGAGAGAUACAUGGCUCAGCUCAAGUGCUACUACUUCGACUACAAAGACGAGCUGCCAGACUCGGCCUAUAAGCACCAGCUGCUGGGUCUGAACCUGCUGUUCCUGCUGUCCCAGAACCGUGUCUCCGAGUUCCACACCGAGCUGGAGAGGCUGAGCGCCCGAGACAUCCAGAGCAACGUCUACAUACGGCACCCCGUCUCUCUGGAGCAGUAUCUGAUGGAGGGCAGCUAUAAUAAAGUAUUCCUGGCCAAGGGCAACAUCCCCGCUGAGAGCUACACUUUCUUCAUAGACAUCCUGCUGGACACCAUCCGGGAUGAGAUCACUGGCUGUAGAGAGACUCGGGGGUGGACCGAGGGCAAGGGGGGGUAUUACUCCUUCAGCUCCCAGCAGCAGCGCACAGAGGAAGUGUCCAUUCCUUCCACAGAGUUGGCACAGCAGGUCAUAGAAUAUGCCCGGCAGCUGGAGAUGAUCGUGUAGCAGCACCUUGCAGCGUGGGAGAGCAACUGCAGAUAUACAGACACAGACGCACAGAGACAGACAUGCAGAAGCGCAGAGAUCUAUACAGCGAUGUGUAGGACAUCGCCAGACAUACCCCCAUAAGUACCUUGUCCAUGACAGAUGCACACAGGUGGGCAAGUUCACGCACCGAGGGACUGACACGCAUGCAUUUGUGUGCCUGUGUGUGAGUGUCUGUGUGUGUAAUGCAGGUGUAAUAAAGACCUAACUGCAGCAGCCGGCGGUGACACUCUCCUUACUGGACCUCUUCGCUGUUUGCCUGCUGGGCACCCACGUCAGGCUCCCGUCAACACUAACAUUGUGUUGCGACAGGGGCCUGCCCUCCGAGAGCCGGCCUGGACACAACGCCAAGCACAAAACAGAGCAGACCGGGCACAUGAGGCCUUGUGUGACACGCAGGGCCUGACAGCGACGCUCUUGACAGGAAGCUGAGCGAGGCAGGAAGUGUAGGAGGCCUGGCUCCUCUGAUUGGAGGGGAUGCUCUGUGGCCAGCAGGGCUCUGUGUCUUAAUCCUUCUAGGAUUCCCUGCCACCCCUUAACAGCUAAUCGGGCUGCCAUUGGCUGUGCCGUCUGAGCCACAGUCUGAGGCCUUUCUGUUCAGUACUGAUCCUCUGGCGGUGUUUGCGGUGGUCUGUUGAGAUCUGAUCCAUUCACAGUGUGCAUCUGGUAGAGCAGCUUGCGCUGUUCCAGGCUUUUCCGGUUUGACUAGCUGUGUGAGGAGUUGGAUAGUUUUAACUCUUUGUCCAAAACACAUAUGUUGCAGCCUGGCCUAUAAUUGCGCAGCUUGUGAACACACGGUCAGAUCAGCUCUGCAGAGAACGGGCUCGGGUGGCCUGCAGAGUUUAGGAGCUGGUGCCCACUUGGCCCGUUGGUGUGGGCGCGGAGCUCGUUUCGUCCAGCUCUGGCCCCGGCACCAGGCGUCUCGACCACCUCUCCCUUCCCGGGAGAAGGCCUCCAGCACACCCUGCAGCAGCUGCUGGUGCUGUAGUUGACAUCCUCGACAUUGUUUGUAAGGCAAUAACUGUCCGAGCUCACAGUAGGCUGGGAAAUAGAGAGGCCAUGACGUCUGUGGACUAUACAUCACUGCAAGGAAAGAACUGCUGUUGGCAAAAAUGCUUUCAAGUAGCUAUGCUGUAGUUCUGCAUCUGCCCACUAGAGUGUGCUCUGUCAAGGUAACACCAAUCCUUGUUCUCGUUUCCUAGCGAGAGGUGAGAACAAUGACUGCUGUCCAGUUCUGACUUGUUUUGCCCCCUGGUUCUUCAUGUGCGUCUUCUCACAAAAGAAGUUGUUUAUUCCUGUGAUGUGACUUUUACUGUAAUAUAUAUGCCAAAUAAAAAAUAAAACCCCUUUUCCACUUUUGAA